GUGAACAACGUGACGCCGAGCCGAGCAUUUCGUCGCGUGCAUUCACCUUCUUGCAUUCGUCCUGCUCAGCUCAUCUUAACUGUGCUCCCGUUGUGAAAGUUUCGACACAAAACGAACACUGUCAAACGAAGUCAGAGUGCGACAAGACUGUGCCAAUACAGGAAAUCACCGGCUCCGCAAAUAGAAAGAGGCUAUUUGGCGGUCACUGCUAGAUCUUAGUAGGAAACGACACUCACCAGGCCCAAAGGAGAAUCGCUGAAUUGAUGCUACUGUAAUAAGAGGAGGAACUGAGAGAAAAACGAUGGAGAUUCUUGGAGUGAAAUUCGCUCCGUUAAACGUUCCAUUAAAUCGAAGAUUAGAAACGCUCUCAGCCGCGCUUUGGAUCCUAAUUUUCGCAUUUGGAAAUUUCGCGGGAUAUAUUCUCACCGCCUAUUUUCUUUUCUUUACCCAAACCAUGCGCUACUUCAUAUUGCUUUACUUCAUCUGGAUGUAUUACGAUUGGAACAAGUUCGAUGUAGGCAAAAUACGGCGAAAAGUCCUGCAGUGGAUGAGAAGCUGCGCGUGGAGCCGACACUUCUGUAACUACUUUCCUAUAAAAUUAGUGAAAACCACUGACUUGGAUCCGAACAAGUUGUAUUUAUUCUGUAGUUUUCCGCAUGGGGUCCUAUCGUCAGGAGUUUAUGGCGCAUUCGGAACAGAUAUCAUCGGCUGUAGAGAACUUUUCCCGGGUAUCGAAUUUAGAGUCGUCGUACUGAACCAACACUUUAAAGCGCCGCUUUUCCGCGAGUAUUGUCGCGUCAACUGCGCUCUUGGAAGCAGUUCAGAAAUCUUGACACAGCAACUAUCAACGAGACCUCCGCCACCAUACACCGGAAAGGCGACAGUUCUGAUCGUCGGUGGAGCGGCAGAAGCAUUCGAAUGUAAGCCGGGCACUUAUCGCAUCCUAAUAAAAAGGAGGAAAGGCUUCGUAAAGCUCGCGCUGAAAAAUGGAAACCCUCUGGUUCCUGUCUGUUCAUUCGGAGAAACCGACGUAUACGAUCAAUUGACCUGGCCAGAUGGCUCAUACAUGAAGAGACUACAGGAGUACAUUCGUAAGAAAAUCGGUAUAGCGCCGAUUCUACUGGUUGGUCGAGGAUUCUUCCAGUACACUUUCGGUCUUAUCCCUCGACGGAAGCCAAUUACUGUCGUUGUCGGCAGUCCGAUGGAGUUACCAAAGAUAGAAGAACCAACGAGAGAACAAGUCGAGGAAUAUCACGAGAAAUUCGUCAAGCACCUGGUGAACUUUUUCGAGAACGAGAAACACAAGUACAUCGAAAACGCGGAUUCGGUGCAUCUUGAGUUCGUAUAGUCAUAUCGCGAAAUAAUCAUCAUUUACAACGGACCCGCGCAGUGAAGGACCAAGAAAUUGCUCAAUUAUAAACGUACAACGUGUAUUUAUGUAUUAAAUAAGUUUUAAGAUGUGAAAUAGUUGAGCAGAAAAUGGACAAUUGUUAGGCGAUGUAGUCAAUUCGAUAAUUACGUGUCUUAAGAACUCUGCAUAGAAAAGAACCAAUAGAAUUAUGGUAUUAUGAAUAAGGACCGAAGAGCUAUACAGUAUGUCCAGUUUAAAUGUACGCACGUUACCAUACCUUCAGUUGUUAGAAAUACGAAUAAUCUUUUGUAUGAAGGUUUUAUUGUCGAAGAAAACUGUCCAAAUUUUGUUUAAUCUAUUUCUUUGAAUCCAUCGUUUAAUUCAUCAUCGAAUGAAAUAACUUUUAUACGAAGAGUACGUUUGCAUUUUUAAUAGUUGAAGAAACAAUAGCAUUCAGAUGUAUGUAUUUAAACUGAACAUAUUCCAUAAACAAUUAUACUUUUUCCAUAUGUAAUUAUACUUUUACAUGGAAACAUAUAUAUUUCGUGAGAUGUUGUUGUUAAGAAUUUUUAGGAUCGCAGCAAUGCCGAAGCAGAAUAUUGUAGAUAUUACAUUUGUAUGCAACAUAAAUUGAUGUACUUGUCACGCAUUCUUCCACCCUGUUAAGGUUUUAAGUUCGAAUCAGAAGAUAUUAAAUACGUUCUUAGCGAGCACUUCUCUUCGAUGAUUGCUUGUACGAAGGCAGGGAUUUUAAGAAUCAUUGAUACUACAAUAAUUGUACAUAUGCAUAAAGCAGAUAACAGAGAAUGUAAAUUAGAAUAGUUGCUAUCUACUCUGUGCAUGUGAUUUGGUGACAAACCUGUAGUGUCUACUUUUUUGUAAUAUUCAUAGAAUCUUACGUGACUUCUAAAACGCCCUAUUUCUUUGGGCUUCUCGGAAGAUAUACAUAAAUGCAAUAGAAAAAUGCGUUUGCACGAGGUGACAAAUAAUCACACACGUAGCAUGUAAGCCUCGUAAUUGUCAGUAAGCAAAAAAUGACUGCGAUCUUUCGCAGUAUGGCUGAUAAACAUAUGUACAAACAUAUUUGUUGAUAAAAUGAAAUGGACCAUUUCUUGUAUAUAUAGCAACCUUUGUUACAAACAAAACUGAGUCUUUUAUACAAAACACUUGUUGUUAGAAAUUGUUAAAAAGAUUCAUACAAGUUGUUAUGCACUACAAUGCGAUAUAGUAUGUGCACGUCCUUGAUUCAGUGGUUAAAUUAAUUGAAGUUGUCGCGUUGAUAAUACAGUAAAUACGAAUAAUUAA